CAGAGAGGGAGACAGACUCUGUUCAUGGCAGAGCUCUCAAGGCUCCCUGUGUGAUAAAGUUCCAAGCUGUAAGCCUCGCAGACAAGAAGAUUAAUGCUGGGGCAUGCAAUGCCUCCUUCCUCUCUCCCUGGGAAUACACCAACCACAGCUUUGCCCAUAAAGGCUCUGUAGCAAUGGUCCCUCAACUCAUGUGGCUCUUUUUGCUUUGUCUGAGCAGCGGACUGAAAAGAUCAGAAAGUUUGCAUUCCAAUGCCAGUCUGAAGGGCUCCUUCCAAAUCCCCAACAUAACUGGUUUCUUCUCCUGGAAUAACUACAGCCUGGCAGACUGGCAGAGCUUUGUGGGAAAGAAGAGGUAUGGGGCAGAGUCUCAAAAUCCCAUGGUGAAAGCCCUGCUGAUUGUGGCGUACUCUUUUAUCAUAGUUUUCUCACUUUUUGGGAAUGUCCUGGUCUGUCACGUGGUCAUCAAAAACAAACGAAUGCAUUCGGCAACCAGCUUAUUUAUAGUCAACCUGGCCGUGGCCGACAUACUCAUCACUCUGCUCAACACGCCUUUCACAUUGGCUCGUUUUGUGAACAGUACGUGGAUGUUCGGUAAGGGCAUGUGUCACGUGAGCCGCUUUGCCCAGUACUGCUCCCUGCAUGUCUCUGCCUUAACUCUCACAGCCAUCGCAGUGGACAGACACCAGGUUAUUAUGCAUCCUCUGAAGCCGCGAAUAUCCACUGUUAAAGGAGUGGCCUACAUUGCCAUCAUUUGGAUCAUGGCGACCUGUUUCUCCUUACCCCAUGCAAUCUACCAGAAGCUCUUCACUUUUGAAUACAGUGAGGAAAACAUCAGAAGCUUGUGUCUCCCGGAUUUCCCAGAACCUUCUGACCUCUUCUGGAAAUAUCUAGAUUUAGCGACGUUCAUCCUGCUCUACGUCCUGCCUCUGCUGAUCAUCUCAGUGGCGUAUACGACAGUAGCCAAAAAGCUGUGGCUCCGAAAUGCCAUAGGGGACGUGACUACGGAGCAGUACUUUGCUCUCCGGCGGAAGAAGAAGAAGACCAUCAAGAUGCUGAUGCUGGUCGUUGUCCUCUUCGCCGUCUGCUGGUUUCCCUUGAAUUGUUACGUUGUCCUUCUCUCCAGUCAAACCAUCCGCACCAACAAUGCCCUUUACUUUGCAUUUCACUGGUUUGCAAUGAGCAGCACUUGUUAUAACCCCUUUAUAUACUGUUGGCUGAAUGAUAAUUUCAGAUCAGAACUGAAGGCCUUACUCAACAUGUGCAAGAAGCCGACUGGGCCGAGCGAACACAUGCUGCCUUCCAGCGUCCCUUCCUAUCGAGUCGCCUGGCCAGAAAACAGGAGCUUUAAGAGAUCUCUCGUCUCUCACACCCUUCCAUCAUCUUCAAAUAUACAAUCUGGGAAGACCGAUAUCUCAGCGGUAGAGCCCAUUGUGUCUGUAGGCUGAUGGUCAAGGAGUGACCCUUAGACUUCACUGGACUGUGCUGAUCAGAGCUACACCCAGUCUCAUAGGCAGGAGACCUCACAGAGUCACAAAAUGAACAAUGGUUUUCAGUAAAACAUAGGGACUGCACAAAUACGGCACUUGGAAAGGAACCAGCACCUAGAACUUAACUUUCUGAGCAACAAGACAAAAGAACCCAGAGAUAAAACACAGGCUUACACCAACUGAAGUAUUAUGCUACUGAUUUCAUAUUACUGUGUGUUACUGACUCCAUGCUUGUUGUUCAGUUCUGACUUAAUUUCAGCUUUAAAAAUAUAUAUAUAUAUAUGCCAGGUGCCAGAAGGGAAUUCAAGGCAUGAUGUCUCCUAAGGCGGAAUUACUUGGGUGCCAUGGAUUUCACACCACUUUGCAAAGGGGAAUAGGAGGACGAAUAGCAGCCAACUGUGUUUCUGCUUCCCUCCCUACAUUCUAGUUAAACUGCCAGUAUGCUCCGAAUAUUUACAGAUAUUGGUUGUUUGCUUGGGAACUGUGCUGCCACUUGAAAUACCCAGACAAGGUUUGAAUUUGCCAAAUGCAGUAAAGCAGCCAAUAAGCCAUAAGCUCAUUGCUCAGUCUUUUUUAAACACAAGGUUGUAGUUUAUUAAUGUUACCAUACUGUGUAUACACAGACCAACUCAUCUAUCUGACCUGUCUGAA